AGUGAGCAGGAAUAUGUUGCCGCUGUAGCUACUUAGAAGUACAUUCUUUGCUGUCAGAUCUCAACUCUUCAGAGUUUCCGUUGAUCAAAAUUGUCAUGUCGAUCCUAUCGUGUAGCACUUAACACUGAUUCCUCCUUAUUAGAGUAACCGUGGAGUCUACUUUGCUGUAGUUCGAGACAACGUUUGCUUCUUGAAGUUUGCCCUAGCUGUGACAGAAUGAGUUUGAACGAGCACUCCCUCCAAGCUCUGUCAUGGAGAAAACUUUACUUGAGUCGGGCGAAGUUGAAGGCAAGUAGCAGAACUUCAGCUCUGCUUUCAGGUUUCGCUAUGGUGGCCAUGGUGGAGGUGCAGCUGGAGCGGGACCACACAUAUCCUCCAGGGCUGCUGAUCGCCUUCAGCGCCUGCACCACCGUGCUGGUGGCGGUGCAUCUGUUCGCCCUUAUGGUCAGCACCUGCAUCCUGCCCAACCUGGAGGCGGUCAGCAACGUGCACAACCUCAAUUCGGUCAAGGAGUCGCCACACGAGCGCAUGCACCGCCACAUCGAGCUGGCCUGGGCUUUCUCCACUGUCAUCGGCACACUGCUCUUCUUGGCCGAGGUGGUGCUCCUCUGCUGGGUUAAGUUCCUGCCACUGCAGAGCCCGGUCAGGAAGACCGAGGACCACGGUGAGUCGGCCACGGAGGCGCCGGGCAUCAGUCCCGGCCAGGCGGCUGCCAUCACCUCCACGACGAUCAUGGUACCGUUUGGCCUGGUGUUCAUUGUGUUCGCUGUGCAUUUUUACCGCUCACUGGUCAGCCACAAGACAGACCGGCAGUUCCAGGAGCUGGAGGAGCUGUCCAACAUCACACGCCUCCAGAACCAGUUGGACCACAGGGCAGAGACGAUCAGCCUGCAGCCUUCAGCAGCCGCCGCUGCCCACUUCCCUUAGAGGACCAGCCCCCUAUUGCACUCCUUAUUCUACACACACACACACACACACACACACACACACACACACACGUACAUACACAGACGUAUAAGCACAUGUACACGUGUACGUACACACAGACACACACACACAUACACGCACACAGUAAAAUCCUUGCAACCAGACCCUCGCCUGUAACCCUUAUCAUCUGGAACAACACCCAUUUUCUCAAUAACCAUGCAAAUGCACACAUAUGCCCCCCCCCCCCAAAAAAAAAAUCACAGGUUCGUUUGAUUUUAACAGUUUGUUUGGUAUGGAUGAAGUAGUCGACUUCCCCACAGUUUAAAAACCGCAGAAUCCUACCUAAAACUCUAAUUAGUCUAAUCCCAGCCCAUCACCACUUUGAUAUUUCAAGAGCAGCUAUUUUCCAAAUAUUUUUGUUAAAGUGCCUCUUUAACAAACCGUAUAUGUUUAUAAAUUUUGGAUUUUCUGAAUGCCGUAGUCAGCACUGUACAGUGUAUGAUGGUGCCAAUGCAUUGUUUCAGCCUUGUUCAGAGACAGGCACACAUCUACACACACAAACACACAUUUAUGCACAGACCUUUGGGGAAUGCAGUGAUUUUUACAGCUGUAUUAGAAUUUUAGAUGAGUCUCUCCACAGAGGAAUCCCCUGGCCCAACAUGACCAGCUGUAGUUACACAUUAACACAUGUGCCAUUCACUUCCAUCUUUGUGGCUAUUUGUUCAUAAAUUGCCCAGUUGCGAUAGGCAUCCUGUCGUUUCCACUGUACAGACUCUCUAGCUCCGAUGGAGAUGAGACACUCUACCCUGUACUCUACUACGUACUUGCAAGUUUACUAUUAAGCAGACAGUGCUUAAUUGUCUGUUGUUGUCUUGUUGCUGCAAUUUAUGUUGAAGAUUUGCUUCACAAAUGAGUACAAACUCAGACUUCUGCUUACACCAUACCUGCCAAUACUCCCGUUUUUCCCGGGUUUCUCCCGUAUUUCACACAAUCAUUUACUUUCAAUUUCAACCCUUUUGUCAUAAAACCUGGCAACCCAAAACCCAAAUAAGGACACGGGUGCAUACUGCACAGCCACUGAGUCUCGCAAGCAAGUGGGCUAGUUGAGUAGCCUACUCCAGAACUAGCUGUUGUCAAAUUGUUAGGGAAGAAUUUUAGUGAUUACCACAUGACUGUUAUUGAGUGUUGAUACACAAUAGGCAAGUUUUGUUCUUGGAACAUAAUCUGACAGCAGCUUUGGAGGUAGGCUGCAGGUGGAUACAUAACUAGCAUGCAUAUUUCUUUCUGUAAGGUAAAAUCAACGACCGAAAUGCAGUGUUGCAAGGAGAGUAUGACCCCCCCCCCCCCCCCCCCAUCAAAAAAACCUCUCGUUUUUGGAACGUUAAAUGUUGGCAGGUAUGGCUUUCAUAGACAACGUCAGAUGAGUAGGCGGUCCUUCAAUGUGGCCCAGGAUGCAUUCCUAUACACAUUACAAUUGCUAUUCAGCCAAAUGCUAAACCACCUACAAAUAUCUUUGUUUUUGUGAUCAGAUCUGAGUGCAUAUGUUCCUGGCAUUAGAGGUCUGAAAAGGAUAAGAUCCGAUCACGAUACCAGGUGUGAACGGGGUUGUAUGGUCAUGCUACCCACUCUCUUAAUGCAGGCUUCUGCCAGUGGUCUGUCAAAGGUAUGAGUAAUAUUGUUUCUUCAAGGCAACAGACCAUAGCCUUGAGUGUACAAUGAUUGCAGUUGUCUCUCCACCUUGGCUUAGUAAAGGUUACAAUGGGUACUGCCUGGUUCUUUGUUCUCUUCAUAAAGUACCGCACACACUGGUUUAAAAAAAAAAAGACUUUUUGAGGAAUGUAAAGACAAACAAUGCAGACAUAUAGAUAUAUAUUUAUUAUUAUUCUUUUGUGAUUUUUUGUUUUGUUUGCAUGUUCAUUAUGUGAAACAUUUUAUUGUAUGACGAUGUUAACUGUAUCUUAAAUGUAUAUGUUGCCUUUCUGCAUUUAUGUGAAGAAAAGAUCACAGGAAUAAUGUAAAGUGUUUACAGGGAAAUGAAGCACUUGACUAAAGCUGCCUGGUUGUGCAUGACUCUUUAAGGCCUCUUCGUAGCUUUGUUGUUUAUCCAAACCACUGUUCUAGGAAGUACUCUGAAGAAAAUGUGUUUCUUGGUCGUUUAUCAACAUUUCCACUUGCAGUGGAAGUGAUGGCCAAGACCAGUGCUGUACAAUAUCAAAGCGCCAGUUUUGGAGUGUUUACACUAUCCGGCUAUGUUCUGGUCAAUGUAAAAUUUAAGCCAAUGAACAGGGAUGUUAAGUUUUGUAACACUUUACUAAGCAUAGACUUUGUACCAACAUAAUCUGAAUAUUUGCCUUCACAGAUACAUGCAACAUCUCCAAUAUAAACCCAUAACCAGAGCGCCAAUAGUAUCCUACAACACUGGUUUACUUACAACCCAAAGAUAUUAGACAACAGCCACAUUGUAUUCCUUUUUGUUGUCCACCACAGGCUGUCAUGAAUAGGUCAUAUCUUUCUUUUGUAAUUCUAUAAUUAUGUCUUGAUCCACAUGACUAUACAUUUCUGGCUGUGGUAAGCAGAGGCACAUGCACAUUUUGUCACACGCAGCAAAUAGAUUCCGUUGCUGCAGAUGCCAUGCUUGAUAUUAGUGGUCUAUGUUGGGAAAAUACAAUUGCAUGUGAUAACAUUUUGCAAUCUGCAGUCAUCAUCAGAAAUAAUCAGACACAGGUAGUCUGUUUUUUUUUGUCCCCCAUUUGUUUAACACUUUGAAAUUGUGCCUUCUGAUGAUACAUUAUGAACUGGUCUUUUUUGCUACAUAGUGCCAAAAAGACCUUACAAUGGCAGCAUGCUACACUGUCAUAUAUGCAUAUAUACUGUAUGAAAAAGGAUGUUUUGUGUAACUGUUACUUUUUCUUAAAUUUAUGGUAAGAAGUCAAUCAGUGACGAUAUUCAAAUGUCAUACUUUUCAAUUGAUGCCACUUAGUUCUCGUUUGUGAAAUGUUUUGAGCCAGUGGAGAAUAGGUCAGAACAUGAUUCCAAACAGUUGAUUUUUGAAGCCUGUAUGGCUGCCUUAUUUACACCAAUAUGGUACUCAGCCACACUGUUAUAUUUCAGUUAAACAGAAUUGCUUUUUAUGUUGUGGUGUGCAGAAAAAUCUACACACCCAUACAAAACGAGUUACACUUAUGUUGCAUAAAGGAUGGAUGUAUAAUGUUACAAUGUUUAAUUGUAUCAUUUCAAAUAUAUAUUUGGCGGCUGCACAUAUCUGUUUGCACUAUGAUGUGAAACAGCGUCUGUCAGGAUUUUCUUAGUUUUUGCGUUUUAUUCAUAUGCUUCUUUGCAUCUGUUCUCAAGUUACAGCAUGAUGACUGAGACAUUUGAAGUUUUCUUAUUGAUAAUUUCCGACUGAAUGGAUCACAGAAUAAAGAUUUAUAUUUAAUUGA